AUGGAAUCCGCGAUAUGUUUGAAAUUGAUCAACAUUAUGGAAUCUGCGUACAAAAUGUUGAACAAAUCAUCGCCAACGGAGAUUCAGAAAUGGAUUAAAUUUGGGACGCAAAAUAUCCGGCUUCUAAACAAAAUUCUGCCGAAGGCUUUAUCUAUAGGUGAGAAAACGAAAAUUAUCACAACGAUCGGACUCUUGAAGUCGCUGGCGGAAAAAUUCAAACGGCUUCGGAGAACGGGUGACGGUACGCGGAAACAAAGACGAAGCGAUCGCGUACACUGGGAGGAAUUGGAGUCUGCUUUCGAGGGAAGAAUACGAACAGGAUCCAUCACCAAUUUGAAGCAUAAAGACGUGGAGAGGUUUCUAGAAGACGCGAAGUUACUUGCUGUGACAAGACUGAUAAACGCUUUGCGGAAAACGGGGAGCCUAAAAGUAAACGUCAUCCUGGCUUGUAAAUUCGAAGUAAAAAAGGAUGAUCACACAGUAGAAGAGAACAAAUUCUUUAAUACGAAAAACGAAAUCAUCCUCCAGACAACGGAUAUUAAUGAAUGGUUCAUCGAAAAUGUAACAAACCGUUUGUUAACAAAGGCGGAAGAUUUCCAGGGAAAGGAUUCAGGCUGGUCGUUACUUGAAAUUAUCAAUCUUGCCGUCAACAUUAACAAGUAUACGCCACUUCGAGGUGGUCUAUAUACCUACACCCCGUUACCGAAGCACAUCAGAGAUAAAAAGGCUUCGGUCACCGCAGCUCUGUACCCAGCUAACAACAGAAAUCCCAACAUAACCAGCUCGUAUCCACAUUUCAGCUCAGUGCUACGGUAUGACAGUAUAAACUUUCUCACGUCUCUAGAUAAAAAUACUAUUUCGAAAUUUGAAAAACUCAACGGACUUUCCAUCAAUGUUUAUGGUGUAGACCAAGAUGGUGGGGAAAAAAAUGAAAUAGUACCGAUUCACUUGAGUCAGAAUAAGUCUGAUAAACCCCACCAUCCUCGUAUCUGGUUGUGUGGUAGAUGUCUGAUGCACUUCCAAUCUGAAAGAUGUAUGGCGAACCAUAGAGUUUAUUGCAUAAGUUUAAACGACACCAAAGUUGUUUUACCCGAGGAAGAGGAAGAGAUUCUGGAAUUCAAAAAUUUUAGGCACAAAGAAACCGUUCCGUUCUGUAUUUACGCGGAUCUAGAAUGCUUGUUGCAAGCUACUAACAUUCAAGUGUCAGAAAAUAGAACAAUUUACCAAAAUCAUAUUCCUUACAGUAUAGCAUUUUACCUGCAUUGCACCUUUAACGAUUCCAAUUCAAAGUUCAAAAUUAAUCGCGGGGAGACUUGCAUCGAAUGGUUUGUGAACGAGUUGGAGACAUUGGCACACUCGUUAGGAACGUAUUUCAGAACUAUUGUACCUAUAGAGUCGCUGAACUUCAAUCAAAUUGACGAAUUUAAUUUAUCAAAGGAAGGUACCGUGGUCCUGCGCAUCAAAGCUGGUACUAUUCAGCUUCUACCCGUGAACAAAGAAAAGUACAUUUCGUUCACAAAACAUUUAUUGACCAGGAAAGAUGUUUUUCCGUACGAGUACAUGGAUGGUUGGGAGAAGCUCGAGAACGUAAAGUUACCACCUAAAGAAAGAUGUUAUUCAAAAUUGAACAACCAAGAUAUUUCGGAUAACGAUGACGCACACGCGUGUAAAGUUUGGCAAGCUUUUAACCUAAAAACGAUGGGGGAAUAUUCAGACUUACAUUUGCAAACUGAUGUUUUUCUGUUGGCUGACGAUUUUGAAAACUUUCGACAAAAUUGUUAUGCAACAUACAACCUGGACCCGUUACAUUAUUCUACAGCGCCCGGUCUUUCGUUUGACGCAAUGUUAAAAUGUACCGGUAUCGAGCUCGAGCUUCUCACUGACAUAGAUAUGCUUAUGUUUAUAGAAAAAGGUAUUCGAGGCGGUGUGUCCCAAUGCUCUAACCGAUAUGCAAAGGCUAACAAUAGAUACAUGAGAGAUGCUUUCAAUACAGCGCUCGAAGAGUCUUAUCUCAUGUACUUCGACGUUAACAACUUGUACGGCGCGGCUAUGAGCUUUGCUCUACCAUGCAGUUCUCUCGAAUGGAUAUUAGAUUUCAGACAAUUCGAUGUUUUUGCCAUCACAGACGAAGCGGAGUUUAGCUACUUAUUACAGGUAGAUUUGGAAUAUCCCAAGGAACUGCAUGAAAUGCAUAAAGAUUUAUCACUGUGUCCGGAACGCUACAUACCUCCUAUCUUAGAAAGUAAGCAGCCGAAAUUGACGACCACGCUACUUUCCAAGCAAAACUACGUUGUUCAUUACCGCGUCUUGAAACAAUGCUUAGAAUUAAGUUUAAAACUAGCUAGAAUAUAUAGAGUUUCAAAGUUCAGACAAACACCGUGGCUCAAAAAGAAGUAUAGAGAUGUCAGGCUGAUCACGAAAUGGGAUGGAAAAUACGGUGCUAGAGCUACUAUAGCCAAACCAAAUUUCCACAGUUGUACAAUCUUUGAUAAAGAUAUGAUAAUAGUUGAAUUGCGUAGAACGACAGUCAAAGUCAACAAACCAUUUAUAUUGAAACGAAGUUUUGGGCAUCAGGCAAAAUUAAUGUACACUGACACGGAUAGUGUGAUAUAUCACAUUACCGUCCCCAACAUUUACGAAUGCAUCAAACAGGACUUGGAUAAAUUUGAUACCUCCGAUUAUCCACCUGACAACAUCUACGAAAUUCCGUUGGUUCACAAAAAAGUUCUGGGUCUGAUGAAAUAUGAGUGUAACAGAAAAAUAAUGGUGGAAUUUAUUGGCUUGAGAGCGAAGUUGUACUCAUUCAGAGUGAUGGGGGAGGAUAAGGAUGAAAAACGAGCCAAGGUCGAACGUCAGAGUCUAAUACAGAGUCAGAAGCAUCAGGUCUAUACCAAUGAACAGAAAAAAGUAGCACUGAGCUGGAACGACGAUAAGCGUAUCGUAUUUCGAAACACAACCGAUACUCUGCCGUGGGGCUACAAGACCUGCAGUCGAACUGAACAUCGGUAUGAAUUGUAUCUCUAA